AUGGGUUGGAGCACCCACGCCUCCGGGACUCUUGAUCCCCCUGAGGUUCGCAACUGGCGCAUCCAUCUUGUCGCCCUUGUCGCCUCCUGCUCUGCUCUCGCCAUGGGUUACGAUACGGCCGUCAUCGGCGGCACCAUGGCGCUUGACUCGUUCCGCCGCGACUUCGACCUCGCUGGCAAGUCCCAAUCCCACCGUGAUACUGUCCAAGGCAACAUUGUCUCUACCUUCCAAGCCGGCUGCUUCUUCGGCGCCCUUCUCACGUUCCCGCUUGCCGAGAAAUGGGGUCGUCGCAAGACCGUCAUGCUCGCCGCUCUCGUCUUCCUCAUCGGAGGUACUCUCAUGACCGCCGCCCACGGCAAGCUCGAAAUGAUCAUUGCAGGCCGCGCCGUCGCCGGCCUCGGCAUUGGUGCUUCUUCUCUCGUCGUCCCCGUCUAUAUUGCCGAAACAGCACCGCCGUCUAUUCGCGCCGAGCGUAUCCUCUGCAGACUACGCGGCCUCGACCGCGACCACGAAUACGUCCGCCGCGAGAUGGGCGAGAUCCGCCAGCAGGUUGAGGAGCGAUCGACCAUGCGCAUGAGCAAGAAGCAGCAGUUCAAGAAGCUUUUCCAGAAGGGCACACGAAACCGCAUGGGCAUCGGCAUGGCGCUCAUGUUCCUCCAGAGUUUCACCGGCGUCAACAUCAUCACCUACUACGCACCCCGUAUCUUCGAGACGCUUGGCGUGUCCGGUACUUCGCUGCGCCUGUUCUCGACCGGCUUCUACGGCAUUGCCAAGACGCUCGGCAUGAUCUGCUUUACCUUCUACGUCGUCGAAAAGGUCGGUCGUCGCAAGGGCCUCAUCUGGGGUGCCGCGCUCGGCUGCAUUCCCAUGUGGUACAUUGGCGGCUACGUUAUGAGGGCCGAUCCCGCUGGCGCUGCUGCUGCCGGCGUCGUCAACCGCGAUGCCUGGGGCUACCUCGCCAUGGUCUGCGUCUAUGUCAACGGCUUCAUCAUUUGUGCCACGUGGCAAGGCAUCACCUGGACUUAUUGUUCCGAGAUCUUCCCCCUCGACAUCCGUAUGCUCUGCGUCGCCAUCACCACCGCCGACACCUGGCUCGGUUCCUUCAUCAUUGCGCGCUCGACGCCCUACAUGAUUUCUGACCUCGGCUAUGGUGCCUAUUUCUUCUUCAGCGCCAUUCUUGUCUGCAUGGGUAUUUGGGCCUUCAUUUUCGUUCCUGAGACCAAGGGAAUUACUCUCGAGGAGAUGGAUGCUCUCUUCAUGAAGCCCAUGCACAAGGCCGUCUGGGCCCAGCUGCGCGGCAAGGAGCUCGUGCCCGAGCGAACCGACUCCGUCUCCGACGAGAAGAAGUACAUCGAGUCAGAGCAGUUCGAGAGGAAGGAGUAA